AUGUCACUUCUUCUCGUUGCGCAUGACGGAUUCAGCGGCUCGGAAGCAGAAGGAAUUGGAGAAAUUCAGAAGACGUCAGAAGAAGAACCUCCAGAAGUUCCAGAAGCAAAUAUACUUCAACCGGAUAGAAAAUUCGAGAAAGAUUCGGAAUUCGCGGUGGCUGGAAUCUUCACAAUGUCUUCUGAACCCCCAACGUCUUCUCUCUUCGUAUUUCCACAGAAACGAGGAAAAAGGGGCGGAGUUGGGGGAAUUCAGAAUCCUGGAGCUGCUGGAGACGUCCCACAACAACAACCACAACCGAGUAGAAAACCGUAUUCUUAUAAUGAUCGAAAGAGAAAAAAUGCGGACGAACGGAGAGAUAUUAAGAAGAAAUUAUUCAUGGAUUUGGGCAUUAUUCGAUCGAGUUCCGGAAUCGAUAACGGAGAAACGAAUCGAGAAGACUCAAUGAAGCGAAAAAUCACGGAGACAAUCGUGACGACAUACUGUGAGAUGUGUGAGCAGAACUUCUCGAGCUCGAAAAUGUUGCUCCUCCAUCGAAGUAAAGUGCACAAUACUCCUUUCAUCGAGUGCCAUCUGUGUCUGAAACUCUUCUCCCAAACGAUUCAUUUCAAUCGACACAUGAAAACUCAUUAUGGACCAAAUGCGAUGAGUCAUGUGCAAUGUGAGCUGUGUGAGAGACAAUUUAAGGAUAAAGAAUCGCUGAAAACUCAUUGGGAUGUGUCGCAUGGAGAGAAGGAACGGUAUAAAUUGAUGCAAUGA